UUUUUUUUUUUAAUUUAAAUUUUAAAAUGAUGAACAUUUUAUCAACGUUAUUCAUCAUAGUGUUUUCUACUACACAGGUAAAAAACGAAAAUAUCAUAUUAGAUUCUAAUGAUUGUCAAACAAAAUGCCCUAUUAAGCGUCAAACCAUUCGACCAUACCCACCUGGUACAUUAUUGUUUGUUGGUGACGAAUGCGUGUGUGGUGGAGCACAAGAAACCAUUUACGAAUAUGUACCAGCUGUCCAGCGCAUAGGCAAUGGAGCGAUACCAGUUGAUUUUAAAUCAAAAAAACUUGAACCUCAAUCCAAUAAUCGAAUAAUGGGAAAUUACGGUUCUCUCGUGUUCUCAGCUAAUAUUCAAGUAUUGGAUUUACUUCGCAUAACAAAUGAUGACAUAUGUAUAGAGUGCAUAAAACCCGAUCAUGAGCGUGACCAAAAAGCAUCCAAUCCGUCAAAUGAUAGACUAAUCUCUACUACUAAUAAACCUACAGAAGAAAUUAAUAUAUCGACGACAAUACCAGUAUUCAAAAACGUAUCUGAUAUAAAAAACAAAACAAAUAUAACAUAUCCAGAUAUCGAAAAAUAUACGGACGAAAACAUGUCGAUGUUCACAGAACCAAUACUUGAAAAUUCGAUGGUUACUAAAGUAAAAGAAUCUAGUCCUGAGAGUAAUGUAACUAAUAAUAGUUCAGAGAUACAAACGUCGAUAGACAUUAAAAUACAAACAACUACUAUUAGUAAUCAAAAGAAGGAAGAUUUGAAACAAUCUAAUAUAUACAAUGAUUCUAACAGUAAAGAAAGACUACAUUUAAGUGAUAAAUUUAAAGUUAUGAUAAUUGAUUCGUAUUCCAACAAGAAAUCUGAUUUAGAAAUAUUUGUAAUAAAUACUGAUACAUUUAAUUUCAAUAAUUAACA